AUGGAUAGAAAGAUUAACAGACAAUACCUAGCGCCAAAAUUCUUGGAAGAUGCAGACGAUACAGCGAAAACAACUCUGUCACUCAAUCUGCUAGGCCGUGCAACGCCACCAGAUCGUAUGAUAGCUAUCUUUGAGGCUGACCACCACUGCAAAACAUUUGCAUGGGAGCGAGAUCCCAAGUUCAGUGCCAAUUGCAAUAUCUUGAAUGCACUGCUCUAUGCGCCAAAGUGGGGAGGAUACGUAGCCCAAAUUUACAAAGCCGCAAACAUCCUAUGCAAAUUAUGGUACCAGGGAGAAGUGAACGACAAAUGGAAUCCCUCGCCCCAAUACUCGAAAAUGCUCCUAACCCAGGCACUUGUGCGGAUGCUUGAGCUGUGGCAGGACGGAAGCCUCAACGGGGUCUGUGAGGAACUGUUCAGGGACCGAGUACCGAUAAUCCUAACUCAAAUCGCUAUCCGCACGCUGUAG